AUGAUCCUAGACGACCCCGAAUGGAAGAAGCUGGUCAACAUCAGGGCUGAUGGCGUACAAGGCCUUGAGUACGACAUCAUGAUCGUCGAUGUGACCUUGGGUCGCAAAGCAGGGUUCCUGGGCCUGCGAAAUCGUUCCGUCGUGGCCAACAGUCGAUCGGGAUCUUUCAACAUCUGGACGAUUGAUCGUCUCCACCUCCUCAACGCAAAAGAGGGCACUCCAACAGUCUGGGAGUCGCGGAGAAGGUUCCGGCCAUGCUCGGGAAAGAGCUGGAUGCCCAAAAGGAAGGAUUCCCCAGGGGAGAGACUUGAUGUUACACGGAAUGCGGCGAACAGUGCUGCUGCUGCUGCUGCUGCUGCUGCUGCUGUGAAGCUUGGUCACAGAGCCGCAGGAGAGGCGGCCGAGGCUGUUCGAGUGUUGACAGAAUCUUUCCGUCAAGUUCAUGCUCUUGCGUCUCCGCCUUGGGUGGAGGACGGCUCCUCGAUCAGGAGGAGAUCCCAUGAUCUGCUGCACAGUGCCAUGAAGGCCGAGGCGUGGGAUCGUGUGACGGAGGUUUGCAGUUUACGAUCAAAAUAG